AUGAAAACUAUCGAUUCGACGACUGACAUCAAAUAUCCAGCUGCCUCUUUACGUAUAAUUAUCGUCCGCAAUGCACAUGCAUCGUAUUAUGAUAUCAACUUAACCCAGAAGAAUUUCGCUAUUAUUCGUCAAUCGAGUGGAUUAUGCGUCGCGGGGGCAGAUAGCUGUGAAUUAGAAAGACCAGCAGCAUAUCGUGACUAUAAUCGAAAGCGAAAUGUAUUAAGUGUAAGAAAUCCAACACCAGAACAAAUUUUUGUUAACACUCAUGCUCAAGAAAUCUGUGAACGUGCUCGCCAAUCAGCACGACAAUCAGUAGCACAGUUAGGUUUACCACCGAUCAGUCAAACAAUGGAAGAUAUUGCAAUGAUAUCCUGUAUCAAUGAUCUUGAAUUAUCUGGUGAUAGGCGGUUUGCCAACAGUAUACUACAAUUAUCUAUAUUUGAUACUGUUGCGACAAGAAAUGUUUCUGAAGAGCAGCAAAACAUAUUGUUUGAACAAAGUGCAGUGGUUUUAGAGACUGCCGUUGCUAAUUCUUCGACAAUUAUCGAACAAUUUAUUCUAUCAGAAAAUAUUACUCUCGACACAACAACAACAUCAACCACCACAACACCAGAAACUGCUACUACUGUGACUACUAACACAGUCAUCAUGGAAUCCACAACUACGUCCGCUAGUACCAAGAUAACCACCGAUUCAAAUGCACCUGUAACUACGAUCAUGACUACCACAUCAAGAGCUUCUGGGAGAAAGGGUCUAUGUAAUUUCUACGGCGAUCCUCAUAUUCUUGUCUUUGGGCAACGACCCGAAGCGGUUCAACAUCAAUACUGGUGUAAAACACCUGGUGAACGUCGCAUGUUACUAAAUAAUUUUGUUCAACUUUUUGUAACUGUACAUGAACAAGAUUGGCGAAUCGACGAAUUUAAUAUUACAUUUUUCAAAGAGAAUAACACAAUUCUCUGUGCAAUUGCUAAUCACCAACAAACAUGUAAUAGUCCAGGUAAGAUGAACAAAUUCAUAUUAAUACCUCAUCUUGCAAUAUUUUAUGAAACAGAUAUUAAACUAACUCGUCCAGAGACAGGGCUAAUUGAUAUUCUAUAUGCAGCUGCUGAUCUGCAUAUUUCUGUUAAAAUGCAUCAAUAUGAUUUUUGUUGGUAUGAUAUAACAGUGCGUAUGCCUUACGAAUUGAUUCGUCAAUCUAGUGGUCUCUGUGUGAUGCCACCAAUAGACGAUUGUGAACUUGAAAACAGUAUUGAACAAAAACAAAAACUUUUUCAACAAUUUAAUAAGAAUACUUUGUCAAGACAAAUUUGUGAAGAAUAUUUAACCGCAAGUAAUCGAGCAGCUACUGAACUCGGUAUUGCAAUCGAUAUGAAUAUACACGAAAGCAGUUUAGCUGCAUGUAUUCAUGAUUAUGAGACAACAGGAAACAAAAAUUUUGGUGCAAGUUUAGUUAAUACGAUUAUCAAGCAUGGAAUCAACACGUUGCAACUAGAUCAGAAUGGUUUUGAAUCAUAUACAGGGUGGUAAAUAAUAUUAUUCCAGGGGGGUAACACUAUGAUCUCGAAUCGGAGAUAUCAUGAAUUUUAUACCAAAUGAAAGCUCGUGAAAAAUGGGGUUUAG